AUGAAAUUCGUUCUGAUUAUCGCGAGUGUUUGCGUUAUCUCCACCGUUUUUGCGGCACCAUCAACUCAAAGUGAAACUGAUGAUGUGGCAUUAGAGGAAUUCAAAGCAGCCCUCAAAGGACUUUCAGAAAUGUUUCCGGGAGAUCACUGGUUAGGGGGUUUCGUGAAUUCAAUUGAAGCACAAUGUUUGUUGGAUGAAUAUAAGAAGCACAACUUGGUUGACAUGCUGUUAAAGCCACUGAGUCCAUCUGAGGCUGAAGAAUUACUCUUCGAACACACCAUCAACAAACAUGUCGUAAUUUUCGGCAAUACUGCACUUUUGUGUUCAAAUAAGUUGGAUCCGGUUUUGACCUUUGCUUUCGACGUUGUCUUCGCUUCGAGUGUUCUUUUCGAUGCUUUCCGACAUGAUGAACCGAUCAAAACAGUUCUUGAUCAUCUUGUGUGUGUCAAUAAUCGUGCUGUGAAAUCAAACCUCAUCGACGUAAACAGUUAUCCUAACUUAGAAUACGAUCUCGGAAAUAUGACUGAAGCAGAGUGUGACGAAGCGAUUUCUGAAGUGAAGCACAUGAUAGCACAUGAGCUUCGCAGACCUAUGAGAAGAUUUGAUGAAGAACACAAAGAAUGUUACAAGACUCAUCUUAUGAGUGGAGCUGAGAAGGUUGUCUUGAAGUAUCUGCCUUUGGUGCCAUUGAAGUUGAGUGACGAACAGAAGAAUAUCGAACGAGCUCAUUUCAUCGCUGAUGUCCGUGAAUUGGUGGAGUCAUUGUUGGUCUGUCACGAACCUAAAACUGACGACAUCCCAACAGUAGCAGACAACGAAGUCUCGCAUGACACUGCAUAG